AUGUUUAUAGCCAAUUAUCUUGGACAGAAUAUAACCGACUACAAUAAAUAUGUAUACCUUACUGCGUACAACAUUAAGUGGUAUAAAACUCCUUUAAACAUACAAAAAAUGAUACUAUUCUUGUUACAAAAAAACACUAAAGAAUUUACCUUAAAUGUCGGUGGAAUAUUUGUAGCAUCCAUGGAGUUUUUCGCUACGCUAGUAAAGGCCUCGGUAUCUUAUUUUACUGUCAUAUAUUCUACGAAGUGA